UCGCACCUCAACCUCUAAAGACGCGCGUCGUGGCGCGUCGCUCGUUGCCGAAGAAUUGCUUCGCGAUCGAGUGUCCGUCGACGUCGUUUUCCCACAAUUAUGCGACGCUCGUCGUCGCUUUCAACAUGCCUUUCGCGAAAAUUUUGCAUACUUUUGGAUAUUUCAUGUGAUACCGGCAAAAUGCGUGCCGCAACUGGCCGAAAGAAAUGGACUUGACAAGUAACAACAUAACGAGUUUGAACGAGACAUCUCUAUGGCACUUUCCGAACCUCGAAGAAAUGAUCUUAUCAGACAACAAGUUGGACAGUAUUCAUUCCAAUUCCUUUGCCAAAAAUACUCAACUGAAAAGACUGAUUCUACAAAACUGUGGUUUAAAACAUAUUCCAUCCGAAGCGUUCAGGGCCUUGAUCAAGCUGCAAACACUACAAAUUGGUUACAACGCCUUUGGACACUUGGAGGCCGAUGCGUUCGAGUCGCUCCCGAAUCUGCGCAGUUUGCGCAUCGACGGCAACGAUUUGCGCAGAAUACCCGCGCAAUCUUUAGCUGCGCUAACACGUUUAGAAGUUUUGAAUUUGGGAAACAACCAGCUUUCGACCAUAAGUGACGGCUCAUUUCCCGUAAUGAACAGCCUGCUCAUAUUAUUGCUUAAGCGGAAUCAAAUCAUGUCGAUUGACGAGCUGGCGUUUUCGAAUAUCAGUUCCCUAAGAAUACUCGAGCUGGAUGACAACUAUCUGACUCAAAUUCCGCUGGCGAUUACCAAACUUCCGGACCUGCAAGAGUUGUCAAUAUCAGGCAACAGGAUUAAAUACAUUGCAGGUGGACUUUUGCAGCAAACUCCAGCGUUAGCCCUGUUGGAGUUGAAGGGAAAUCCACUUGUGGCCGUCGAUUUGCAUGCUUUUUCCCAUUUGCCCAGACUACGAAAGCUGAUUCUCUCCGACGCCAAAGAGCUGUCAACGUUUCCCCAUUUGAAUGGAACCAGCGCUUUGGAGGUGCUCAGGCUGGAUAGGGCGGGUUUGAACCAUGUGCCCGCCUCUUUGUGCACUUUCUGCCCCAAACUGAAGAGCUUGGACAUUAAGUCCAAUAAGCUGGAAGUGGUUCCGCAACUAAACAACUGUCGGGAAAUCAGAGUAUUAGAUUUAGCAAGUAAUUUAAUUAGGUCUAUUGAAGCCAAGCCGUUUCGCGGGAUGUACCAAAUGCACGAUUUGCUCCUGGCAAACAAUAAAAUCCAGUACAUUCCUUACGACGCCUUUUACAACUUGUCACGUCUUCAAGUCUUGGAUAUGGAAAAUAACCACAUCUCCUUCAUCCAUCCCGAUGCCUUUCUGCCCAUUUCGAAAAUCGAGGAUUUGAACUUGGGUAACAACGUCUUCCCACAUUUGCCCUCGGCGGGGCUCGAGAAGCUGCUCCAUUUGAAGACGUUCAACAACCCGAAUUUGCGCGAGUUUCCACCGCCGGAAGAUUUCCCCAGAAUACAAACUCUCAUACUGUCGUACGCCUACCAUUGUUGCGCCUUCCUGCCGUUGAGUCCAUCAAGUCCACCGCCCAUAGCCAAAGACAUCAUCGUGUUUCCCGACAUCGAUGACAUCGACCUGAAUAUCUGGAACAGUUCAGUCGAUAUCUGGCCAUCACAGCAAAAUCUGAGCAAAAGCUUCGGAAGCAAAUUCGAAGCGAUAUGGGAGAACAUCAGGUCCGAUUUCACCUAUCCCGGAAACUUUCCAUCAUACAUGGAGGAGUACAUAUCGGAAGAAGAUAUUCCUGUGCGCUUUCCUGGCGACAGUUUAACAAGCGUUCCUGGCCGUCGUGGAUGCCUCCACUCUAGGGGAAUUCCGCAUGUACGCCAUUCCUUGGCAAAUGUCUCCUGGAUGCCAAUUGGCCGGAUUUCUCGGCGUCCUCAGCUCCGAGCUGUCCGUCUAUACGUUGGCCGUGAUUACGUUGGAACGGAAUUACGCCAUCACUCAUGCAAUGCACCUCAAUAAGCGUUUAUCUUUGCGGCACGCCGGCUACAUCAUGGUAUGCGGCUGGAGUUUCGCCAUUAUAAUGGCGAUCCUUCCCCUGUUCAGCGUGUCGGAUUAUCGCAAGUUCGCCGUGUGCCUGCCCUUCGAGAUAAAAGACGUAAUCAGCCUCACCUACGUGGUCUUUCUCAUGCUUAUUAACGGCGUCGCCUUCUUAAUCCUGAUGGGCUGCUACCUGAAAAUGUACUGCGCCAUCCGCGGCUCCCAAGCCUGGAACUCCAACGAUUCGCGCAUCGCCAAGCGAAUGGCUCUCUUGGUCUUUACCGACUUUCUCUGCUGGUCGCCGAUCGCCUUUUUUUCGCUCACCGCCUCCUUCGGCCUGCAGCUGAUCAGUCUGGAGCAGGCCAAGGUGUUCACGGUGUUCGUUCUGCCGUUGAAUUCCUGCUGCAACCCGUUUUUGUACGCGAUCCUGACGAAGCAGUUCAAGAAGGACUGCGUCAUGAUAUGCAAAGCCAUUGAGGAGAGCCGAGUGACCAGAGGCAUCGGCCGCUGUCGGCACAGCUCCAACUUCAGCAACCGGCAGACUCCCGCCAACACAAACAGCUUGGCCGAUAGAUCAUCAAGAGAAAACCAAAACCACCAACCGCCGCCUCAAUGCACCUGCAAUACGAAACUUCUUGGCGAAAAGAAACAGCCGAAACCGGCGCCCCGCCUGGAAAGACAGCCGAGCACUAAAGAUUGGCUUCUGGGCAAAGCGCGCUGGUUGCUGUGCGUAAGAAGACCCACGCGACAUCGGCGCCCUCCCAGCAACACGUACACGUACCAAAUUGCGGAAAUUCAGCAGAAGCAACACAAAAGGGCGUCGUCGAUGUCUUCUAGUGAGAAUUUCAGCUCGUCCAGAUCGGACUCAUGGAGGAACAAUGCGCACAACUGCGGCAUCCCAUUGCGCAUGUUAGACCCGAAGCGGAGAGCGUCUUCAUGGGUGGUGACUCGAAAGACGUCGCAGGACUCGAAUUUGUCCAGUUCGAGGAACGAUUCGUCAGGCUCGGCCACUACGGCCAGCACCAGCACGUGGCGCAUGUCCCGAUCGAGUGGGUCCAGUGAACCGUCGAGGAUCAUCCGAGUGAAGCCGAGACUGACCAGGCAGUACGCUUUUCAUGACGAACUCGACCCACCUGGCUCACCAGGAAGACUAACAGUGCGAUUUCUGACCACUAUUCCUUCAGCUGCUGAGACCAGCAUGCUAGAGGAAGAAGCCCAGUCCAGUGCAGCAGUGAGUCCUGCCAAAGAGUCGAACGUGCCGGAGCCAUUCUAUGCCAUCCUGCAUAGUCCCAUAUCUCCCGUCACGCCCGUGAGACGACAAUCGAUUGUCACGCUCCAUCCGGCCUCGGAAGUGUUAAACAACAAUAACGACGAGGUGCUGCUGGAAAAACCCAGCAGGAAAACGGGCACUAACAUUAACAUCACAAACAAUGUCCUUGUCGAUGAGGCCGAUACAGGGAUUUGUAUGAAGAAUUUAACGAAAAUAGAUUUAAGUGUUACUUGUAAUGGUAGUCAUAAUGAGGCCAGUGUUGCAAGGCCGAGCAGCACUAGCACUAGUGUGAGCAUAAAAGAUGUUAGUUUAACGAACAACGGCAAUUCUAGUCAUUCGGGUGGGCAGGCCCCUCCCGAGGCUGGUUCCUCCAGCUGACAGUAGGUAAUCCUAGAGUAUUUAAUGUAAGAGUGCGGUGCUAAAAGACAAUUUUCUCAUCCCUAUUCCGUCAGUUAAAACAAUUGUUAAUAGUAGGUGUAAUUAUAAAUUAUACAUAUACUGAGGGUUCAUGCAUUCCCAUCUUCAAUCGGUCUUUCACUCCCACUCCCUGGGUGCAUAUUGUCUGAUCCGUCCAGCCCAUUGAUAAAUUGAAAAGGAGUGUAGGGGUUUUCCCCGAGAUCUCAUAAUUUGCCUGAAAACUAUCUGCAUAAGAACAAUAUUCCAUAGCUAAAACUCGAUGAUGGUGGGAAGCUGAACACUUGUAUAAAACUGUAUAUAAACGGCCAUACCUAACAGUAAAGGAUUUAUAGGUGUAUAAUAAUAGAAAGCUGCCCUCAUGAAAAAGUGCCAUACUGAGUUUUAGACAAACGAUUACCGUGAAAGCAUAGCAUAAAAUUGUUGAGAAAUUUGGAGUCAUUAUGUACAGGGUGUCGAAUUUUAUAGCCUUAGCCAGAUUUUCAAAUAAAUAUUUACAUGUU